AUACAUAAAUGUCGUCAUUAUAAAAAUGAAGUGAAUGUGUGAAGAAGAGCAAUUUAGCAGUUAGGUAUGUGAACUAGCUUACACCGACUGAGUCAACUUUUGGCCUUUUCACGACACGAAUUGUGUCGACGUUUGGGGCGUAAAUGCGCAUUUUUAAAGCAGCUUUCAUCGUGGGAUGAUCUUGAUUCAAUGAAGCCAGAUCAGCUAACGCGUUUUUGCAGAAAAUAUUAGAUGUUUAUGGUUGGGACGCUAUCCCUCACCACUAGGCGGGGAUAAAAGAGAUAAAGCAGCUCGCCAUCCAGUGGCAGUAAUGAAUCAUACUAUUCCAGAGAAAAUGGGUCUUGACCCUGCCUUGCUGAGAGACCAACUCUUUGAGCUGUGGAACCAGAAAGAUCUGCAGACGCUACAUUUGGCAGCCCUCCAAGGAUUUUCAAAGCUGUCUGAGCCUCUUGAGGCCUUGUUAACAAUCCUGGAGAGCUGUCCGGGCAAACAAAUGGGUCGGAGCCACACCCUGGGUUAUCACAUUCUCAGGGAAUUCCAGACGUGGAUAAAGGAACGUCCUCAGGUAAACAUGAGUUCAUUCACUGAACAACAGGCAGUGGCUCUCCAGAGACGUGCUCUUAGCUUAAUGACAGAUACCCAGCCUGCCGUCAUGGACAGUCUCAUCAGCAUCUACCGGCUCAAGUCCUUGGACCCCUCCAUAUCACGCUUGCAGGUUAUCAGGCUGCAGGCUCUCAAAUGUUAUAAAGAAGCUGCAGUUCUCAGCGUAAAACUGGAAUUACAGGAAGACCUAAACACAGAAGAGAUGAUUGUACCGCUGAUCUUGCAGGAUAAGCUGCCUUUGGCAGAGUUGUUCGUCAAGGGUCACAAACAGCUGGAGCAACAACUUGUCACCCUGCUAGACUCCUGGUGCCAGCCCAGUUUCAGUGUGGAGGACAUAAGGAAACGAUUUCCUCACCUUCGUCUGUCCAAACACCAAAUGGCCCAGAUUCAGCCCAAAAUGCUCACCAAAAGCGUUUUACGACUCAUGGAGAAAUUUAAAAUGGACCCAAAACUGUGUCCUAAUGCACUGCACAAGAGGAGACUGGACACUCUGCGUUAUCUCAUGUAUAGGACAUUUGUGGAAAAAGGCAUGACAGAAGAGAACUGGGUCGAUCAUGUGCAGAAUGUUGUAGCAGACGACCUCGAGCUGCAGGUCCAUCUGGUGGAGAUGCUGGUGAAGUACUGUAGUGUGCAGAAAGCCUCUCAGUGGUCACUGAGAUACAACAUCCCCAGAAAUCGACUUCCCUUUGGGGUAUGGGAGACGCAGCAGAGCCUUCCCCCUGAUCUGCAACAGAUCUAUUCAAAUAAUUCAGCUGAAGACGAGGAGUGGGAACCACCUCCAUCUCAUCGUCAGAAGUUCUACCAGGUGCCUCUCACCAAAGACAAGGUUCACUUAGUGGGCUCACUAGAAGCUCUCCGCAGGUGUCGAAGCAUUGUCCUAAAGGGGGGUGGUGUUGUAGGAGUUGACAUGGAGUGGCAGCCCAUGUUUGGUUGCAACUCAACCCAGAAAGUUGCUCUGGUUCAGCUCGCAGUCCUCCACCAAGUUUUCUUAUUAGACCUCUGCGCCGAGGAAUUCUGUCAACAUUCAGAACUAACUGAUUUCAUCAGGCUCCUAUUUUCUGAUCCAAGUAUUCUUAUACUGGGUUAUGGUAUGGCCGGAGAUCUCCGGUGUCUGUCUGCCAACUGGCCCGAGUUAUCAGAGGAGCCUUUGAAGAUGAACGGGAUACUUGAUCUCCUUACUGUGCACCAAAAGAUCCAGCGAACUAAAGUCAGCCAGGUUCAAAACGGCUCUAAAGAAGUGCUUGUAGGGGAGGACUGUGCAGAAAAGGGCCUCAGUCUGCUGAUACAACAGGUCCUGGGAAAGCCUCUGGACAAGACAGAGCAGAUGUCCAACUGGGAGAAGCGUCCACUGCGCAUCAGCCAAAUUAGAUAUGCAGUGGCAGAUGCCUACUGUUUGCUGGACGUGUACUCGGUUCUCUCCAGCAACCCAAAGUGCUUUGGGCUGCCAGCUGACCUUCGCAGCGUCUCUUCAGGCCAAUCAACGAUGAGCAAAGAGAAGAAGCAGAAGGAGAAACAGGGGAAGAUGACAAAGCAGGCUCUUGGCGAAGAGGAAUGUCAGGGGGCUCAAAGGGUCAGUCCCUCUAGUUCUGACUUGGAGAAAGGCCUCCUGUGUGGCAAGAUGCCCUCAGAAGAUCCCCCGCCCGCUCUCCCCCCUCAGCAGUUGCGGGUGGUGUGUGACAACAUGCUGCAAGGACUCGGACGGUAUCUGCGCUGUUUGGGGGUGGAUGUGGUCAUGCUGGAGAACACCGAUGAUCACAGAGUUGCAGCAAAGUUAGCACAAGCUGAAGGCCGUGUCAUCCUCACGUGUGGACAGCCGUAUCAAACUCUGCGCUCUCAGGUGGGCGAGGGUCGUUGUCUGUCCCUGGACUGUUCAGAAAAGGCCAAAGACCAGGCUGUUCGGGUCCUCCGACACUUCAACAUCCAGCCCACUCCCGGCGACAUCUUCAGCCGCUGUCAGGCAUGUAACAGCGAUCAGUAUGUGGAAGUCCCUCGAGCCGACAUGAUCAGGUUGCUGAAAGAGAAAGGAUAUCUGCAGGACAGCGGCGACCCCACGCUUGAGAAAUUCUGUCAACAGGAAGAGCAAGAGCUUGAUGACACUUUGACCCCCGCCGUGACUCCUGAACCCCCCAGGUAUGCCGCUCAGUGUCGCUGGGCCUCCCUUUCAGGACUGGACCGCGACACCCUGACCUUUCCCGGGGGGUCGCCCAUUCAGCUGCACACCGUGCCCCCCGCCCUGCUGCAGAGGAUACCGCUGUUCUAUGUCUGCACCAGAUGUGGCAAGGUGUUCUGGGAAGGCUCGCAUUUUAGCCGCGUCCUCUCCUUGUUUCGGGAGGUUCUACACCUAACAGACGAGGACAAAGUCCUCGCAAAGGAGUCUUUUACGCUCAGCGGCUGAUCUACAGCUGCUAUGUGCUUGAGUCUAAAACAACCCUGCAGGUAAGCUCAAGCGUGAAGGGUUGCCAUACAGAUAUCAGCGCUCUGCAGCCUAAAUCCUGUUUGUACAAACAAUGAGUCUCCACCAGCUCUCACUUAGCUUCAAAAGGCAAAUUCUGAUGGAUUUCUGUCUUUUUACCUUUUCUUUUAUUAAACUGUCCUUUACAUUCAUUUCCAUGUGCAGUUCUAGGCACAUAAACCAGGAAUUAGACGUCUCAUCACGAGUUAAAGGAUUUGCCUUUUAGUGCUGAAUGUGUUUACCUGCUAGAUGAAAAACAGUAAAACGUUGAUUUUCAGCUCAGGGUUUGAGUCUCCCAAGUGUUUUUGCUGGUAUGUGUUUCUUUUUUUGUUUAGUUUAUUAGCAUUUUUGAAUUGAUUUACUUUAAAAAGGUUUUAUUCCAGGUCAUCAAAGAAGAGCCAUAAUUUGCUCUUUGAAUGCGGUUUAGUUUGAGCGGACUUUCAGACCAAAACUGAUCUGGUGCGGUGGUUUUACUCCAAGAAAUCUCUUACAUAGUCAUCUUUAUGUUGAGGUCCAACUAUAAACUCCACUUGAUUCUUUGUGGCUCAGAUCAGAUUGUUUGAAUUGUUCAUUUUUGUCAUUUAAGCCUGUGAUCGAGUGUUUCUUUUUUAAACGGUUUCCAGAAUAAAAAUCCUGUUGAUGUUCAGUUGGAAGUCCUGCCCGCUCCACCAUGCUUCCUCUGUCAUGGAUUUUAAAAGCAGAAGUUCAGUUAAACUGCAUAGAAGAUCAGUUAAAUUGCACACAAGGAAGUUGUAUUUAUUUGCCACGGUGAUCAAAGCCAUUUCAAAGCAACUCAAAUACAAAACAAAGAAAAAUGUUGAGACUCUGUGGUCAAAUAUGGUGACACAUUAACCGUCUAAGAUUUAUUUUUACACUUUCUUGGCUUUUUUAAGAUCUGUGUAUCUUUUCACUUUCUGCCUGAGCUUUUUUUUAGUUUAAUUGUUUGUGUUCAUAAUAAAUUGUUUCAUUAUUUGAUGACAGA